GAAGAGAACCUAAAAGAGAAAAUCAUGUCUCCCUUUUCUUCUUCUGCUUCGUGAACUCAAUUUAAUGUGGGCUUGGAGUCCGUAGAGAGAGCCGAAAAAGGUGGAGAGAGAGAGUAGUGAUUGAUGAUGAUGAAGAAGGUGGCUUUCUGCUUUUUCUGACCUGACCUCCUUUCCUUCUUCUUCCUCUUCUGCUGCUGCUCUGCUUGAUCUCUCUUGGUAAUUUGCAAAUCCAGCGAAGAUAACAGAAGAACCCAGAAAGUAUCCAACCCUGCUUGUUUCUACAGAGCUGGUUUUUGAGAUCGUUGGCUUGUUGAAAUCAAGCAAUGGAGCAGCUUUGACUUUGACCAGCUGAAGCUCCAGAUUAUCUGGGUUUAUUUGGUUUGAUCGAUUAUUUGGGUGGCAGAGUAACUUUUCUUACCUUCUAUGGGCAGCUCUUAGCACAACCCAAGUGGAAAAUCAGAGGAUUUGAAGGGGAUACAUAAUUGUUUUGGAAUUCUUGUGCGCAAGUAGGAAUGUCAUUCCGUAGCAUAGUUCGUGAUGUUAGGGAUGGUAUUGGAAGCCUAUCUAGAAGGGGUUUUGAAGUUCGGCUGAUGGGCCAUCAUAGAGGGAAAUCUCAUGGAUCAUUGAAUGAUCUGCAUGACCAGCCUCUUGUCGUUCAGAACAGUCGUUGGGCUAGCCUUCCCCCAGAACUUUUGUAUGAUGUAAUUAGGAGGCUGGAGGAGAGUGAGAGCACAUGGCCUUCUCGAAAGCACGUUGUUGCAUGUGCUUCAGUUUGCCGUUCUUGGAGAAUCAUGUGUAAAGAAAUUGUUAGGAGUCCUGAGAUAUGCGGGAAACUUACUUUUCCAGUUUCACUAAAGCAGCCAGGUCCACGGGAUAAUCUCGUUCAGUGCUUCAUCAAAAGGGAUAAAUCUAAUCUAACAUACCACCUGUAUUUAUGUCUUAGUCCUGCUUUGCUUGUUGAAAAUGGGAAGUUCCUUCUUUCUGCAAAGAGAACUCGACGAACCACUUGUACAGAAUAUGUUAUUUCCAUGGAUGCUGACAACAUUUCAAGAUCAAGCAACACUUACAUUGGAAAGCUAAGAUCAAACUUUCUUGGCACAAAAUUCAUUGUAUAUGAUACACAGCCUGCAUGCACUUCUGAGCAUAUUACGCCCCCCGGAAGGACGAGCCGUAGGUUUACUUCCAAAAAGGUCUCCCCAAAAGUCCCAACCGGCAGCUACAACAUUGCCCAAAUAACAUAUGAGCUAAAUGUGUUGGGUACUCGUGGCCCGCGAAGGAUGCAUUGCAUGAUGCAUUCUAUCCCAGUCUCGUCUCUUGAUGUGGGAGGUAGUGUCCCCGGCCAACCGGAACUCCUUCCCCGCUGCCUAGAAGAUUCAUUCCGAAGCAUCUCUUUCUCUAAGUCUCUUGACCACUCAGUUGAGUUCAGUAGUGCACGGUUUUCUGAAAUUGGUGGGCCUCAGGAUGAAGGGGAGGAUAGCAAGUCAAGACCAUUAGUUCUGAAAAACAAGCCCCCACGAUGGCACGAACAAUUACAGUGUUGGUGCCUAAACUUCCGAGGCCGGGUAACUGUUGCUUCAGUUAAGAAUUUUCAGUUGAUUGCUGCCAUUCAGCCUGCCCCAAGUGUUGGUACACCUACUCCAUCUCAGCCAGCUCCACCUGAUCUGGAUAAGAUAAUAUUGCAGUUUGGCAAAGUCGGUAAAGAUAUGUUCACCAUGGAUUAUCGUUAUCCUUUAUCUGCAUUUCAGGCCUUUGCAAUCUGCCUGAGCAGCUUUGACACCAAAUUGGCUUGUGAAUAGAGAAAAGAAUAAGGGAUAGGUGCAGACUAAUGACUAUGAUUCUGUUCACGUUAUCUUUUACCUGUUAUUUGUUGUACCUUGUCUUUCAAGUUUUCUUAGGAUAGGAAAUUGUUUGUUCUGUUGUAAAAACUCAAUUGCUGCCUGGGUAACCGAGGGGUAUAACAUGGUUCUGAUACCAAAUCUAGAGUUGUUACCCAUGACCUUCUGUCAAUCUAUUCAUUUAAUGUCCAUCUGCAUUUGUAUGUUCAUUCCUCUACAUUUAGUUAUGCUUUCAUUUUCAC